AUGGAUCGCAAUGAAAUUUGCUGGAAAGCGAAUACAUCGUUCUUCAAGAAAAUCCAGGGACAAGUUGAGCUCGUAGCGGGAACCAUCGCCCCCGGACCGAAGCAGGACGAAUUUUUCGACUGGGUCGAGCGCGGAACUCACGCGAUCCUGUACGAGCGCAACUUCCAGGACGCCACACUGGCCAGACGCUUCGCCGAGCGCGGUCGCUGCAGGUUCAGGCGAGCGCGACAAAGCCUCAACCUGCAGCCGUUGGCCAUGAUAUUGUGGAAAGGCUUGAAACCCGAGCUGAAGAAGACCAUAACAACUGUGACAAGGAGAGCUUCUGAGAUGGCACUGCCGGAGCGACCGAUGCAACCUUUCAUCUUCAAUUCAUCCAGGUGCUACGCAGAAGAUCCUGACGACGCUGCUGCUUACCGCAUCGAAGACCUACAAGGCGCGUUCGUUUCACUAGUGCUUGGUCUAUCCCUUUCCUUGGCUGGUUUCAUGACCGAGAUCUUCUUGAAGAAAACUCAGUCUAUUGAUCAGACUUCCAGAGCGGGUGAUCAAGGAGGUCCUAAGGUUGGCAAUCACUUUGACGCUUCGUAAUCUUUUGCAUCAUUGUCGGUUCACGCAGCGAGAGACGACAGAAAUGGUAUUGGUUACUUGCUUAAUGCCGUGCGAUUUCUAUUCAACCAUUAAUAUGACCAAUAUUAUUUACGCGAUCAUUAGUUUUGUGAUCUACAGGUCCCCAUUAUAGACCUUGAUUCAAUCGUGAAAACCACAA